UGUCUCCCCUGGCCACAGGAGCGUGGGAUGGAAAAGGGGAGACAGGUAUUAAUAGAUGAUAAUGAAUGAAUGGAAUAAGUAUUCAUCUCAAGCUAUUCCCCACCUCCGUGGACAUUCCAGCACCAUCAUGGGAAUCCCUGCUGAGGGCUUUAAAAUACAGAGGUCGGCAACCCCAACCUGCCAGAUCUGCCUGCUGCUGGAGCCGGAGUUGAGACACCCCACCUGGAAAUGAAGGUCAUCUCCUUAGCCCUCGUAACACUGCUCCUUGCCGCUCUCUGGAUGGAAGCCCACUCAUUCAGCUUUGAUAGGAAACUCAACACCUGCUGUUAUGCAAACAAUUUUGUCAGAAAACCAAUCGCUCCAAAACUGAUCCAGAGUGACAGACCCACAGACCGUAGAUGCUCCCGCCAGGCCGUAAUUGUGGUGUUGCGAAGGGGGAAGGAAGUCUGUGUCGAUCCCAGUGCGGAAUGGUUCAAGACGUACAAAGAAAACCAGAAAAACUCCUUAAAGAAACUUGGCCUGCGGGUCUGAGACAGCAGCAGCUGGACACGAUCUCGGUUUAACACGCCAUGUUAUUUAUAACUUAUAUAUAUAUAUCUCGUUAUAUUUAUAUCUCGGUUUAACACGCCAUGUUAUUUAUUUGGCACUGAUGUACCAGUGUAACGUUUUGCUAAUUUAUUUUUCUAGUCCUGUUAAUUUAUGUGAAAAAACCCUUCCAUUCCCUCCAUCCCUUUUGUGUCCUUUCCCCCCCGAGCAUGUGAUGGGGCAGCUGGCCAAAGCCACUGUCACGCUCUGCAGACACAA